AUGUAUGUUAAGAGCAAGUCGGAAUGUCUCGAACGCACGCGGGUCCAGAUACAAGCAUCGCUGUUGGAGCAUCUCAAGAUCCCCGAGAAUCGAUUUACCUGGUUGCGUGGGCCUCCCGGUACUGGGAAGACAGCAAUCUGUAUGAGCGUUGCGUCCACCCUCAACAGCGAGGCUGUCCUGGCGGCGUCGUUCUUCUGGGAUAAGAACCAAGCAGGAACGGGCCUCGAUUCCAUUGAACACUUUCCUUCCACCCUUGCGUACCAACUCGCAGUCUUCAACGAAGACUUCAAGAUGUCACUUGUCAAACACCUUCGGCAGCCAUCUUCAGGCUUUGUCAAGAGUCUCCCACUGGAUAAACAAAUGAGCGUUUUGAUCAUCAAACCAAUGCGCGAUGUGAUAGAAAUGCUGCCUUCUGGCAGGAUUCGUUUCGUCAUCGUACUAGACGGUUUAGAUGAGUGU